CGCAAAUAUAUCAUCUCUUCAUGUAUAGACUUGAUGGAAUCCUCCAACUUCUUCAACUCAAUUUCCAAACCCUUGGAUCUUGCUUCGCUUGGCAACAGAUGGCUAUUCUUUGGCUGCUAUCCCUUCUCGCCAUUCAAAAUCCACAGUCACAGUGGCUGAAAGCUCGAAUCUCGGUGACCAUAAACAAGCCAUGUAGGUCCCAGCCUCAUCGGCGACGUAACCGAAGCGCCCGGACUCGACGGCAUCGGCGACGUGAAGGGGCUCGCCAUCAGGACCGGUUACCCGAAGAGAGAUCUUGCGAUCGGCGCCGGAGGAGGGAUCUUCAUCGGAGACGACGCGGUAGCUGGCCGUGGAUACGGUCCUGGGGCGGAGCUUUUCCGAGAAGCACUUCACGCGGCCGGAUGGGAGGUGCAAGACGAGGGCAUCAGCAACGAAGAUCAGUAGGAGAAGGAGAAGGAGGAUUAUGGCUUGAAGAAAGGCGGCGGCGGCGGCCAUCGCCGUCGAGUCGCCGGAGACGGCGACUUUCGAGAGAUGUAAAAUGGUGAGGAGACGAAGGGAGAGGAAAGA